AUGAGACCGAGCUCAUAUGUCCAUGUGAGAUGUGCAUGCAAUGGCUGCAAGGCUCGGAGAAACAAUGAUGCGAGAAUGAAUGCACGGACCAUCUGGGGUCCUUUUCCACCACCCAAUGCCAGCUAUGGAUGGGGCAGUGGCAGCCCAGGUGCCAACAGCAGCAGCAAGAGCGAUAGCGACUCUGAGCACGUCGCCAAUUCUUACGCGACUCGACUUCGUCCGCGUCCUUGCCCGCCAACGGUCCCCGUUACGCCCAAGAAGACUCCGAGAAAAGGUGCUGCCAAACCCCCCGGCACUCCAGGCACCCCCGCGCUCAACGACUACUUGACGGAAACUCCCAGCGGUGCUUAG